AUGUCCGAUAGGCCCAAUUUACAUCAUUCUAAAAAAAAUCAUCGACACAAAUCAAAAUCGAUCGUUAGUAAUGUACAACAAGAACAGCAAAAUCAAUUUAAUUUGUCAAAUGUUGAUGUUUUAUGUUUACAAAAUGCUCGUCCUCAAUCUUUUAUUCAAAUUAGAUCUAAUUAUUUAUCUGAUCGACAACAAUUAAAUACUAGACAACCGCAAAUUAAUCUUUCAUCAAUUUCAUCCCAAACAACUGCUAUUCUUAAUCCUUUCAUCUCGAAAGCUUUAUCGAAUAUUGAACAAACAACAAAAGAACGAUCACAACAACAAAGACGAGAAGUAAGAUUUCAAGAUGAAUUGAGAAAAGAUCAUAGUCGACAUUUAGUCCUAGCAAAAUGUCCACGUCGAUUACAUGAAGAUUAUGAAACAAUAAAACGUGUUCGACAAGCAAAUGAAAGAUGGAAUCGAUUUAUCAAAUGGAAUAUGUCGAAAUUAAAUUUGGUAGCAAGUAGUUUUAAUCAACUUAAUUUAUGUGAACAAUGUCAAUAUAAUUUUUUAUCCGAACCAACAUCAUUAAAUGUCUAUUCUGAUGCUGAAAAAGAACAAUGGAUAAAUCCACUAGACAAUGAAGAAGACGACGCUGAUGAUGAUAGUAAAUAUUAUCCGACACAAAAACCAAUUUUAUUUGAAGUAUGUGACGAUUGUGAACGAAAAAUUGAAAUAUAUCAACAAUAUGUACAACAGUAUAAAAUACAGAUGACAGUUGAAACAGCUCGACUUAACCAACCGCAAACAAUUUUAACAUCUACAACAGCAAAACCAGAACAUAAUCAUUUUAUUAUUGCAGAAACUACUGAACAACAUAUAUUACAAACACAGUCUAUACUAUCAUUGACAAAUUCGUGGCAUCAAACAGAACCAAUAACCACAUCUAUCACUCAAAAAUUAGUAGAACAAACGAUACCAUCUCAAAAAAGUUUACAAUUUAUAGCAAAUACAACUCAAUUAAUUUAUGAUAACGAAUUAUCACAACCUCAACAACAAGAGUUCACGAUUCUCGAACAACAGCCAAGACCACGUUCGGAGGUUUGGUAUGAUCCUAAUCAGUUUAUGUUAGCAUUACAACAAGAAGAACAACGAGCAGUCACUAUUCUCAAUAGACAACCAAAUGUUAGCACAGAUAAUAGAUUAUCUGUAAAUAUAAUGACGCAUAGUAAUGGGACAUCAAUAUCUGAGAAUGUAUCAAGUAUAAACAGUGAAGUAAUAUUAUCAAACGAAGAAAUAAUAAAAGAUGAUCGAGCAGCGAGACAAACUCUUAUUUCAAUGGCUUCAGAUUUAGCCUGUCAUACGACAAAUGAUGAACAAAAAAUUCCACAAAUAAUGCAAACUUUCCAUUCACUAUCAAGUAACGAUAAUUUAUUUCAAUCGUAUCCUUUAUUACUUCAAAAUAAACAAACAUCAUUGCCAAAAUCACUUAAUCCUCCGCUAACUGUUCUCUCCGAUCGAUCAUUAAAUUAUGCAGAUAAUCGUUGUUCGACAAAUUCACUUGAGGACAGUAUAAAUAGAGGCGAUAAAUUAAACUUAAAACUAGAAAUAAAUAAAAAAAUGAGUAAUAUGACUUAUACUAAUCGUAGUAAUAACGUCGAGAAUGAUAAAACUACUCGAAUAUAUUGA